AUGGGGAAAUCUAAGGCAAAGAAGGCAGAUAAAGACGCCAACAUCCCUCCAAUGGACUUUCAACCCAUCUCUGCUUAUUUCUAUUUUGUCGGGGAGACUUUCAAGCUGAACAAUGCUGCAGGACAUGCCAACAUGGCACUGUAUACCUCUCCUGAGUCUGACUCUUGUCCCCUGGCACUGGAACUGAAGGAAAUAGGAACUAUAUUUUGUAGCCAGGUGACCCCUGCAAAAGUAAGCACCGGUAAAAUUACACCCUCCUCUGCAGCUUCUGCUGAUACCCGAGCCAAUAAAGUGCCAACACAGAGACUCCUUACAGAAUCUGAAAGUACCACACCUACUUUGCCUCUAGUAACAUCAUCAUUAGAGGCGGAGCUACAGGAGGGCCGGCAGGAGAUUGAAAAUACCUGGGCUUUACGGAAAGAUGACAUGCUGAUAAUGCCUGGACGCAGUGCUAUGAAAUGUACACAAUGCCUGUGGCCCAAGGCUGAAAAUGGAAUGGUUGUUUUGCCCUACUCUUUUUCCUCAAAUUAUAGUGAUUGGGAGCUAAACUUAUUUAAGACUUCCUUUGAGGAAUAUGAAACACUUACCUGUGUGAGGCUUGUGCCCCGGACAACAGAGAAAGACUUCCUCAACAUAAUGUCUUCACAGGGGUGUGCAGCAUCUGUGGGACGAAUAGGUGGAGGUCAGAUGGUUGGAGUAGACUCAGCUGGUUGCAUGUACAGAGGAAUUAUACAGCAUGAGAUAAACCAUGCCCUGGGCUUCUACCAUGAACAUACGAGAAGUGACCGUGAUGACUAUGUCACCAUCAUGUACCAGUAUAUCUCACCAGGUGACGCUCCAAAUUUUGACAAAGCAAACACCAAUAAUCUUGGUCUGGAGUAUGACUAUGGAUCAGUGAUGCAUUAUGACAACUAUGCGUUCAGUAACACUUCAGGACAACCCACCAUUGUGCCCAAACCUGACCCAAAUGUCCCAAUUGGACAAAGAGAUGGAAUAAGCCCUAUAGAUAUGUUGAAGAUCAACAAACUCUAUCAAUGUGAUGUUUGUGCAAAUUUACUGAAUAAUAACAGUGGAAACCUGACCUCAGUCAACUACCCAUCAGCCUACCCAAAUAAUGCCAGCUGUGUCUGGCUCAUAAGAACACCAUCACAACAGGUUACAUUGAACUUCAUGGCAUUUGAUGUCCAGUCAUCUCCUGAUUGUAUGUCGGACUAUAUUAGGAUUUAUAAUGGACCCACUAAGAAUUAUCCUCUGUUAUUGGACAGAACCUGCGGGUCUGGGUUGAUUCCUCCAAUUAUUGGAUCUACUAACCAACUAUUGGUUGAGUUUUCCAGUGAUAGCAGUGUUACUGGGGUUGGCUUCAACGCUGUAUACAGCACAGUGCAAUGUGGUGGAACCUUCUAUAUGCCCCAAGGAUCCUUUACUUCCCCCGGUUAUCCCAAUAACUAUGGCCCAAAUCUGAACUGCGUCUACACAAUCGCGGCUCCUGCUGGCAAGACGAUUUCCCUGAGCUUCAGUGAUUUCCAUCUGGAGGAUAGUUCUUUCUGCAUACAUGACAACAUAAGGUGGCUGGAUGGGACGGUCUCAAAAGGUCCAUUCUGUGGUGACCGUAACCCAUUUGUCAUUAACACUAAGUCCAAUACCAUGAAGCUGACCUUUCGUAGCGAUGGAUCCAAUGAGAAGAAAGGAUUCACAGCGUCAUAUACAUUUAUAUAACGGAAGGUCUCUAGACCCCGGAAAAAAACAUUUAUCUCCUACAGUUGAUUGAAGAAAUGACUGGACACUCCUAAGAAUAAACCUAUGGAAUAUUCGUCUGGAUUUCCUUUUACUUUAGUAAAUUGAAGUUUAAAUUAACCUAGAGAUUAAGAAUUGAUUCCAAAUGAUUUCUUAGUUACUUAUACACGUGUGUUGUUUAAC